AUGCGUCCCAGGUUUAACCCACAUCGUUACAUUGGCGACCGCCGCUUUUAUCAUUACGAUGUCGAGGACACCGGGAGAAGCCGUUCUGCAGGCCCUUCGACUCGUCCUUAUCACGAUACCGACCCGGAUUACCACUACCCUUUCCCCUCUGUUGCAAGAAUUCUCCUUCAUGAUCGAUCGUUUCCUAGAACCCGCGUCAGCUACACGCGGUCCUUGCCGGACCGCAAAGAGCAGGUCACCGAGAAGCUGGACAGCUCCGGCGAGGAGGACGGAAGGGAAAGCGAGGAGAGUGAAAGUAGCAGCGUGCAUGACGAAGAUGACAUCGGAGACGACGAGGGCGACGAUUGGGAUGACAACGGCAGUGGCGGGCAUGACGGAAGCGACGGUGGGGAUGACAGAGGCGACGGUGGGAAUGACGGAGGCGGCGACGGGCAGCACGCAGGGGAGGAUAGGGCCGUUCCUCUUGAUCAGACAGCCACGGGCAGCAAUAUCUUUCAUCCUGUGUCACCGCCCUACAUGUGCACGAGUCCUACAUCGCCGCCAGAGAGCUUGCAUUUCCCAGAGAUCGACCCGUUGGCGACACCACAGCCACCGCAGCCACCGCAGUCACCGCAAUUGACGCCGAUACCAUCUAUGCUCGUUGAGGACUGCGAUGACCAAUCCAAGAUACCACCGGCGCACACUAUGGCCCCUGAAGCACCGCCACAGAGCUGGCACGAACCAGAGAUAGGAGAAUCGGCGACAACGCGGUCACCGCACUGGCCGUUAUCGCCGUCAAACGACGGGGAGGAAACCAGACCUGUUGCCAGAGUGAACCUCCCGCCUCCCCCUCCCACUCGGAGGCGUCUUUCGGGUCUGCUAUUGCAACAAUUCGCCGGAACCAUGGAGGUUGCUGAUAAGGAUGCGGAGAUCGCUGCCAUGAAUGAGAAAAUGGCUGCUAGGGAUGCGGAGAUUGCUGCCAUGAAUGAGAAAAUGGCUGCUAAGGAUGCGGAGAUUGCUGCCAUGAAUAAAAUAAUCACUGCUAAGGAUGAGCUAAUCGCUGCGGGGGACAUGUUGAUCGCUACAAAGGAUGAGGUGAUCGCUGCAAAGAAUAAGGUGGUUGCUACUUUACGUGCGGCGCGGUCUUCCAUACCACAGCCUCAACUCCGUCAGAGUAACGAUGCAACGCCUUCGAUGCCCUCAGAAGCUGCGGACCAGUCAUCCAACGCACAGCCUCAGCUCCCUGAGAGUGACGAUGUCACGACGUUAAUACCCUCAGAAGUUGCGGAGCAAUGCUCCAUCCCGCAGUCCCGGCUUUCUGAGAGCAACGAUGCAACGCCUUUGAUGCCCGCAGAAGCUGCGGAGCAGUCAUCCAACCCACAGCCUCAGCUACCUGAAAGUGACGAUGUCACGACGUUAAUACUCUCAGAAGCUGCGGAGCAAUGCUCCAUCCCGCAGUCCCGGCUGCCUGAGAGCAACGACGCAACGCCUUUGAUGCCCGUAGAAGCUGCGGAGCAGUCAUCCAACCCACAGCCUCAGCUCCCUGAGAGCAACGACGACGCAACGCCUUUGAUGCCCCCAGAAGCUGCGGAGCAGUCACCCAAACCACAGCCUCAGCUCCCCGAGAGUGACGAUGCACUGACUUUGAUACCCGCAGAACCUGCGGAGCAUGAAGAAGACAGGGGGUUCACGCCGCUGCAACAAGCUGGUGAUGCUCAAGAGAUGAAUGAGUCAACACAAAUUACACCGGCUGCUUCGGGAGACGAAAACUUUGCGCUUGCACUGCCGACCGAGCCGGUUGAUGAACAUUCGCAGAGCAUCUUGGAAGAUGGAGUCCGACCAAAUUCUGCAGGACAUCUGGGCCAGCAACCUGGUCGACAUCGAGACAAGAAGGCCAAGCGAAAGGAGAAAGCGCGAAAGAAGGCACAAGCCGCCGCAGAGGCACAUGCGGUAUCCGCCGGAGCAUCAGAGAACGCUUUUCUGGGUGCCCCAGCUUAUGCCAAAAGGUAA